AUGCUCGAUAAUACUGAUAAGAUUACUGAUGAUUCUUAUCGGGAAUUGCAGUUUGGUAAUACUAAACAACCAUUGCCUAGGUACUCUGGUAACACCGAAGGUACUACAGCCACUGCCACAUUUGAAGAAGAAAAACAACGUUUAAUCCCUGAAGAAGAAGAAGAAGAAGAAGAAGAUUGGGUUAAUGUUGACUCUUUUGCUGAUGAAAAGAAGAAGUUGAAGGAGAGGGACGAAUUGGAUUUAGAAGCAAACAUUUACAAAACUCCGCCAUCAAGUUUCAAGAAACUUCCACUUGUUGUUAUUGCUACACUUUUGAUUGUUAGUUACACUUUGUAUCAAACUUUUGGAUUUUAUCAUUUGGGUACAUCAAUUACAACUACUACACCAGAAGAUAUUGUUGAGCUGAUGAAUGGUGAUAGAAUUCCUCAUCCUCAUUCAUAUUUCAGAAACCUUUUGGAUUUUGUGCAAACUGAACAAGAUGGUGGUAGCAAUGGAGUAGACUCUUCCUCAAAGAAGCCAAAAGAGAUUAUUGAAGUUACAAAUCCAUUUGUUCCCAGCCCAAGAUAUGGUAAACCAGUCUACAAGGCAGUUUUACUCAAUCAUACAUUUGCCAAUUCGUACAACCAUCCCAAACCCGUCAAGUUUUCCAUCCCCAAGAAACACAAGUUUAAUAAAGUCGUUCUUACUUUAUUCACUGAAGUUGAUGGUGUACAAUAUGAUAGAUUGGGUAACAUUUUCAUUAAUGGGGUACAAGUUUGGAGAACAUCAACAAUUGAACCAGGUAAACAAAAAGUUUUCAGUGUCUUCAAUAAGGAUGUUUCAAAAUAUGCUAAAUUAUUUGAAGGUGAAGAUAAUGAAUUGUUAUUUGAAUUGAAUAACAUUGUCAAUGAGAAAUUAACUGGUGCUUUUAAUGUUACUUUGGGUGCACAAUUUUAUGAUGUUGAUUAUGACAAGCAUCACAAACAUAAACAUCAUGAUAAGAAACCAGAUGGUGAGGAUAUUGAAAAUGAAGAGAAUGAAGGAUUGUUUGAAUUCGACUACGUCAAGUCGGGUCACGGAUCUUCUGGUAAAGGAAGAGCUAGUAUUGGACGUGUUGGAACGAUUAAGGGAGAACAAUUACAUAAAGACUUAAACUCAGACACAGACACAGACUCGGAUUCCGAUUCCGAUUCCGAUUCCGACUCACAAUCGGAUGAUGAAGGUGAAGGUGAAGAGCAUAAGUCAAAGAAAUAUGGUAAACACCACAAAUUUGAUCUUGACCACGAAGAAAAAAAAUGGAAACAUCAUUUCAGAAAAGGCGGUGUAGAGCAUAAUGGAGAGAAGGAAUUUGGUAAAGAAGAGAAGCAUCAAGGUGAAUCACACGUUGAUGACGAGAAGAAACAAGAGACUGAUUCUAAGCCUUCUGAUGAACCAAAGAAACCAAAGAAACCAAAACAUCCAAAGGUUCCAAAACAUCCAAAGAUUCCAAAACAUCCAAAGAAGCCAGAACCACCACAUGAACCACCACAUGAACCACCACAUGAACCACCACAUGAACCACCACAUGGACCACCACAUGGACCACCACAUGAACCACCACAUGGACCACCACCAGGUUCUCCCAUUAGACCACCUAACAGAUAUGGCCACCUUUUUAAAAUUAACAAACCAGCAGACUCAAUCCAUCCCUUGACCGUGGCUAAAAAGGGCGAAGCUCCAGUUCAAUAUCUCUCUUCAAAGAGACUUGCUGUGAAACUACCCAAGGUGGCUAAAAACACUACUCGUUUACAACUUUCAGUAUUCACAUCGGGUAAUGCUGCAGAAGAGUUCUGGUAUACCAAUGUUCUUGACAAAUUUAAAGACAUUUUUGAAGAGGAAGGUAAUGAAUUUAUUGGCAAAGGUCCUCUUAGAAUUGUCAAUGUUUAUUUCAAUGGAGAAAAAAUUGCUGCUCAAACACCAGAGCCAGUAAUUUUCACUGGGGGUAUUUCACCAGCUUUGUGGAGUCCAAUUGUAUCAAAUUCAGCAUUUGAUGUACCUUCGAUUGACAUUGAUGUUACUCCAUUGUUGCCAUUCCUUUGGGAACAUCAAGGAUUGGGUGAACAAACAUUGGAACUAGAAGUUAGUAAUGGAUUAGGUGAAGUUGGAAUAACAAAUUAUACCUCCGUCAAUAGUAACUGGAUUACUUCAGCCAAUUUGUUGGGUUAUCAACACCCUGAUGUUGUUGACUCUUCAGGAGCAUUGAUUAAUGUCGAUCAUCAAAAUAGAGCUAGUGCUAUUCCAAUUAAAAUUCCAUUUACUCAUUCAUUCCAACAAAUUGUUAAUGGUGUCUUUUCAGCACAAAUUGUUAGUACAUUGAGCUUCAAAUUGAAGGGUGACAAGACAUUGAAUACAACAUUUAGUUCUUAUUCAAAGGGUGAAAUUUCCAAUAUUCAACAUUACGGAAGAGAUGGAGAUUCACAAGCUCUUGUUCAUGUCGGUCAUUCGUCAAGCUCAUUCAUCAUUACAAACAAUGAUGAGCCUGAAGUUCCUCCAAAGCCUGACUCUAAACAUCCUAAGGUUAAGCAUCACAAGGAUCAUGAGUUACCAUUCAAUACAAUUCACACUGUCAACACCUCAUAUAGUUAUCCAUUGAUUUUAUCAACCAAUUUGAAACAUAAAGAAGUUGGUAAUGAUGGUGAUUAUGAAAUCGAAUACGAUGUGGGAAUUGUUGAUGUUAAAGAAUUGCAAAUGAAUUUUGAUGGGAAAUUUGGACACAUUGAAGUCAAACAAAAACAAAAUGGUACUUCAACUUUUGUCUUGUCAGGAAAAGGUAAUCACGGAUUUGGUAGUUUGACUGCUAAAUUCAAAGAAGAAUUUGAAUUUGGAUCUUUCAAGAAAGGUUUGACUAGAAGAGUUGAUGCUAUUAAUGGAACUAUUGUCCAUGAGGGAAUACACAUUGGUCCUGAUGCUUUGAAGCAUGCUAAUGGUGCUAAAUAUGACAAACAUGGUAAGCACGCUAAGCAUUCUAAGCAUUCUAAGCAUGCCAAGCAUGCUGGUGGAAAACAUGCAGAUAUCAAGAAACAUCACCAAAAGUCAAUUUUGGAUUCCAUUUAUGACGUUGCUAAUCUGAAGUCUUGCCGUCGUCGUGGUACCAAGCCUAAUCCCGUUGGUGAAUUAAUUGCCACUUAUAAGCAAAGUGGAUUCAAGGACAAGCUUGGUGGUAUGACUGAUCAAGUGAUUUCAACUUUGUUCAAAUAUAAGCACAUGGGUAUUGACUAUGUUGCUGAAAAGAAGAAAGACUUUGAACAUCAUGAGAACAAACAUGGUCAAAAAUAA